AAGUGACACGCUUCCACACAUUUAGUGUUUUUUUAUUUUUUAAUGCCCUUAGGUUUUGCUUAAUUCAUUUUAGGGGAAAAUCGCUACCGAGCGCAACCAGCAACAUCUCGCAAAGGCCACCGCACAGCAUCUCAACAGGGGGGAAAACGCAAAACCCUCAACGCAGAACCGACAAAUUGUAAGUGAAGACAAGCACAAGUCCAAAGGGACGAUGGAGAGCUCUAGUGCCAGUCAACGCCUGCCACUCUCGGAGGUUGUCUCCGAUUGCGUCAAACAUUGGUUCAAAGACACUCUCAAGGAAGCCAAAACCGGCGAUGUCAACAUGCAGGUUCUGGUUGGUCAAAUGUACUAUAGAGGUUAUGGGGUUCCUCGAGAUGCACAAAAGGGAAGAAUUUGGAUGACAAGGGCAUCGAGGAUGCGCUCUUCGGUUUGGAAAGUCAGUGAUAAGCAUCCAGGUUAUAAUGCAAGUGAUUCAGAUUCAGAUGAAAUGAAGGGUGAUUCUUGAGAUAACACACUUGGUCUCUGCAUUUUGGAUGUAUAGAACUAGGGAAAUACGAUGCAUUUGAUUGAAAUAAUGAAUUUUCCACAUCAAGGUCAGGACAUCAAGGAUUGCUACUCAUUUCCUAUCUUUGUUUAAAUAUUUAUCUGUUUCAACUUUCAACCCUUCAAAAAAAAAAAAAAAAAAGAUUGCUUGCUUGCAUUCCAAGAUUGCAGCCGUAGCAGUUGAAACUAUUUGGUCUAUGUUACGCAUAAUAUACGAGUAUCGAUUGAUAAAUGUAGUCAAUUUGAUGACAAGCAGCCGAUAAAACUAUGUAUAAUGAUUAGAUGAGAUGAGAACUGAAAUUAGGAAAGUAUACUUACUGGUAUAAAAUAAUAAGUAGAAUUAACACUGAUGAUAUGGAGCCAAGUACCAUCCAAGAUAUUGUGAUUUGAAACAAGAAUAAACCUUUGCAACAUGCAGGAGUGAAAGAAAACAUUGUAUCCUUAAUUACCAAAAGAUUCAUCUGAUGAUCUCCCUUCACGCAUAAUUAAUUAGUGGUAAUAAACAAUUACAUGAGCUCACAAGAUAUAUAUUUAGAUAUAGUUCCUGUGAAGGGAUAAUUUAAUAUAAUAAAGUUUCUCUUGUAUUGGGUAAUCAAUAAAAACAUUCCUUUCACUUUGGCAGUCAUUGAAGGAUAAUGGACUGUCCAAAAAUAUUCUUUUGUGCAGAAGAAUGAAUUUCCAAGAAACAAGGGACAGGUGCCAAGGCAUGUCCAGAAUAUUUGGUUUUGAUUAAGACAACGAAUUAGGUACAUACGGGAAAAUAAUUGGCCGAUCCAUACGGGAAAAUGAAAAUGUGUGUCGGAGAGGAUUGGCGAACAAAAUGGACAAAUUCAAAACCCUUGGGCGGGUUUGCCACAAAAUAAUUGGCCGAUCCAUACGGGAAAAUGAAAAUGUGUGUUGGCGAACAAAAUGUACAAAUUCAACAUCAAUAAUAUCAUGCCGCAUCAACCUGACCUGCGCCCUUUCUAUUGGUUUGACUUUGACAAGACCUUAAUUAAAAUAGU